AAUACUGAGCUGGUACCAAGAAGGCGAACAAGACGAGGCUUACGAAAUUAUCCGGGGCCCGCUAGAUUACGUGGCAGUAUCUCAUUGGUUUAAUCCAUAAAUAAAGCGCUGUCCCGCGUAAAUUUCAUGUAACCCCCUGUAUUUCCCCCAAAUUUACCAGAAUGACUUACUCCGACCGGAAACACCGUCGGAGCUAUAAAACCGCCCCUCUUCUGCCUCAAAAGGAUGAUGCUUUCAGUCACUCCGAGGCCGGAUUCGAUGGAGCUUCCUUUUCCGGCGCUGUCUUCAACCUGUCAACUACAAUUGUCGGCGCUGGAAUCAUGGCACUUCCGGCUACACUCAAGCAACUUGGUGCAAUUCCAGGUCUUAUCGUUAUCAUACUUGCUGCUAUACUGACAGAAAAGUCGAUUGAGAUGUUACUGAGGUUCACCAGAGCUUCCAAGUGCGCCUCCUACUCUGGCCUCGCUGGCGAUGCGUUCGGUGGCUUUGGUCGUACAUUGCUACAAGCUUGUAUCGUGAUCAACAAUCUCGGGACCCUUGUUGUCUACAUGAUCAUCAUCGGAGAUGUUUUGUCUGGGACUUCAUCAGAUGGGGUGCAUUAUUCGGGUGUCACGGAAGAAUGGUUUGGCCAACAUUGGUGGAAUUCGCGCUCCAACUUACUGCUUCUUACAACGCUCCUUGUUUUUGCUCCUCUUAUUUCAUUCAAGCGUGUUGAUUCAUUGAGAUACACAUCAGCUUUGUCAGUCGCUUUGGCUGUUGUAUUUGUGGUGAUCACUGCUGGAAUAGUUAUUGUUAAGGUCAUUAAUGGAAGCAUUGGGAUGCCCCGCUUACUGCCUAAACUUAUUGAUCAAGCGUCUUUCUGGAAGCUUUUCACAACUGUUCCAGUACUUGUUACUGCCUAUAUUUGCCAUCACAAUAUCCAUCCAAUAGAGAAUGAGCUAAGAGAUGGCAGCCAGAUGAAGUCAAUAGUCCGUACUUCAAUUGUGUUAUGCUCAACUGUAUAUAUCGCAACCAGCUUUUUCGGAUUCCUUCUCUUUGGUGAUCACACCUUGGAUGAUGUACUCGCCAACUUUGAUGGUGAACUCGGAAUUCCUUAUGGCUCAUUACUUAAUGAUGUGGUGCGAGUGAGCUAUGUGAUCCACUUGAUGCUCGUUUUCCCAAUUGUCUUCUUUUCCCUUCGCCUCAAUAUGGAUGGCCUCUUUUUCCCCUAUGCAAUUCCUAUUGCCUAUGAUAAUCGCAGAUUCUUUUCAGUCACAGCAGCUCUCAUCUGUUUCAUAUUUUUGGGAGCAAAUUGUGUACCUAGCAUCUGGGAUGCCUUCCAGUUUACUGGCGCCACGGCUACUGUCUCUGUUGGUUUCAUUUUUCCAGCUGCUAUUGUCCUUAGGGAUACACAUGGAAUUGCAACCAAGAGGGACAGGCUAGUGUCAUCAGUCAUGAUAUUGUUAGCUGUUUCCUCAAGUAGUGUGGCAAUCUGCAGUGACAUUUACAGCAUUUUCAAUAUUGGAGUUGAAGCUUAGAAGAGCGCCAUAGAGUUUGGUUUCGGGUAAGUUAACUGAUUCUUUGGUUUCUGAUUGAUGGUGCCAAGUUAAUUCCAAGAGAAUAUCAAUAUCAACUGGAAAAUACAUGGGAACAUAAUGCAGGGAUCGGUCUAUGUUCUGUAGAGCACAGAAAAAUUGUAAUCUACAAAAUGGCUUAACAUUACGAAAUUUAGAGCGUUUGUAUCAACAUCUUGCCAACUUUUCUUGAUACAACUUUCACAUAGUUGUAAUUUUCAUUUAAAGAUAUGGAAGAUCUCAGCAGCUAACUUUUUUACUUA